AUACUGGUGAAUACUGGUGAAUACUGAGAAUGUGAGAUAUUUAACUUCAGUUUACUUUGUGUAACUUCUGUGGAUUGUAAUAUUUUUCACGAUCCAGGAUUUGGUGGUUCUUGUAAUAAGUUUAGUAGAAGCAGGAAACUUGUAUACUCUUGUAAAUCUUAAAUAGUAAUUGAUUAGUCUCAUAAAACAUGGCACAUUACAAAGGAGCAGCCAGCGAAGCUGGCAGAGCCAUACAAUUGAUGAAAAAGCGAGAAAUUGCACAACAAGAAAUAGAAUUGCGAAAGAAGAAAAUCGAAGAUGACUUGAAGAUUCAUAAUAUAGAGAAUAAAUUUGCGACGCAUUACAAUGCUGUUGAACAACAAUUAAAGACCUCCACAAUUGGCUUGGUCACUUUAAAUGAGAUGAAAGCAAAGCAGGAAAAUAUAGUAAAAGAACGAGAAAGGAAGCUUGCUCAGAAGGAACGAGAAAAAGAACAAGAAAAGGAAAGAGCAUUAGCAGCGAAACAGGCAGAAAAGAAUAAACAGAAAAGACAGAUUCAAGCAUUGUCCUUUAAUUUAGAUGAAGAGGAAGAUGAAGAUGAAUCUGAAGCUGAAGCUGAAGCUGAAAUCUCUGACAAAGACAAUGCAGAAAAAUCUGUAAAAUCAGACAAUACUCGAUGUAACAAGAAAAUCAAGAAAAAUCCAGAUGUAGAUACAAGUUUCUUGCCAGAUAGGGAAAGAGAGGAGGAGGAAAAUAAACUUAGAGAGGAAUUGAGACAAGAAUGGGCUACAAAGCAGAAUGUAUUGAAGGAAGAAGAGAUUGAAAUCACAUUCAGCUAUUGGGAUGGAUCUGGCCAUCGUAGGAGUGUUAUAAUGAAGAAAGGUAAUUCUAUCUAUCAGCUUCUUCAGAGAUGUCUGGAAGUCCUGAGACGUGAAUUUAGUGAGCUUAAAACGGUAAUGGCAGAUCAGUUAAUGUAUGUCAAAGAGGAUCUUAUAUUACCGCAUCAUUAUACAUUUUAUGAUUUUAUUGUAACUAAGGCACGAGGAAAAAGUGGGCCUUUGUUCACAUUUGACGUUCACGAUGAUAUUCGAGUUAUGCACGAUGCUUCUGUCGAAACUGAGGAGUCACAUGCUGGAAAAGUUUUACUUAGAUCAUGGUAUGAAAGGAACAAACACAUUUUUCCGGCGAGUAGAUGGGAACCCUUUGAUCCAACAAAAAGUUAUGACAAAUAUACAGUGUCAGAUAAAAACAGAAAGAAAGAUAAGCUCUGAUAGAUUUAGAUUCAAUGAAUUAUUCAACUAUAAAGAAUUUGAAUUCA